UUUAAAUAGUAAAAUAGCGCAAACUUUAUUUUGAUCUUAGUAUAAUAAAUAUUACGUUCAAUAAUAUUAUCUUAUAGCAAUAAAAAUACAAGCAUAACCCUAUAUUUUGCAGGAUAUAGGCUACUAUAAUUAUCUGGAUACUGCAUUCUAUACCUGUGCAAAUAUAUACGUGUGUGUGUGUGUGUUAUGUUGUAAUUUAUAACUACGACAACCUGCGGCGUUAGCAGAAUCGAAAUCGAUUUCCUAUAAAGCAAGAUACAAGUCAUGGAUGCUGAACGAAGCAAAACGUAUUCGUGGUAGGUGUAAUCAACAGAUUGUUCUGUAACUAGAAAUCAUCUACUUUCCAGAUGAGUGUUUAUUGGUCAAAAAUCACAUGAUACAGUGGAACUUCUUGAUGAAUUAGGAGGAAGUGAUUGGAUUCUUUGCAAAUUUUUGCAGUUAAAUCAAAUGAGCGAGAAAAGGAAUAAAUUACCAGUUUUAUACGUGAGAGGAACUCAUUACGAGGUCGGAUAUGAAAUAGGUUGGAAUUUUAGAAAUAUUAUACAAGAUUUUCUUAAAACAUUUUCAUAUCUAAAUGAUACUUUAUUACCCAUUUAUGAAAGCAAAAUAGGAAAACAGGAAUAUGAAGAAACAUUAUUAUGUACACAAAAUGUUUUCCCUCAAUAUAUAGAAGAACUGAGAGGCUUAUCAGAUGGAGCAGAUGUUCCAUUUUAUAAGUUAUUUUUAAUUCAUAUUGAUGGAAUAAUAACACACAAUGAACAAGAUAUCAUUAAAUCUGGAAAGACAGGGUGUAGUUCCAUUCUUAUGAACAUUAAAAAUAAUUUUUAUUUAGGACAUAAUGAAGAUGCACUCCCAGAAACUGAAAAUUAUACAUAUAUUGUAAAUGCACAUAUAAUUGAUAGUCAAGUUGGAAAGAGAUGGAAUAAAACAGAAGAAAAAUUUACAGCAUACUGUUAUGCUGGAGAUCUUCCAGGUUAUUGUAUGGGAUAUAAUAAACAUGGACUAAUUCAUAGUGUCAAUAUACUUUGGCCUAAGCCUACUAUAAGUGGGAGAAUUUCAUGCCACUUUUAUUGUAGAGCUCUUCUUGGAGCUGAAAAUCUAGAAGAAGCAAUUAGUUUAUUAAAAGGAUGUGGAAUAGGAUGUGGCGAAGGAUUUGGGAUAAAUCUGGUGUAUAUUAAUAAUUCCAAAGAUAUUUCAAUGUAUAAUAUUGAGAUAGCUCCUUCCUACACAAAACAAGAAUCUGAAACUAGUAUUUAUAAAAUCCCUGAAAGCAGUUGGAAUUUACACUGUAAUAGAUAUCAAAGAAUUAAAAUAGAAGAAAAAGCUGAUUUAAGUUCAGUGAGAAGAGAAGCUAAAUUUUGUGAACUUCCAAAUCCAACAAAUAUAAAAAAUUUGAUUAAUAUACUAAGUGAUGAGUCAGAUCCUGAAUACAAGUUUUUUCGUUCAGGAAAUUAUGGAGAAAAAGAUAUCAUUAAAACUUUAGCAGUGGGUGUAUUUGAUAUCAACAAUCACACUUGGUCUAUUUAUAUAGAAAAUCCAAGAAAAGAAAAUCAACCAUUAGUUAAAUUUUCAUUGGAUCUUACAUAAACUUUAUUAAAAAACUAAAUAUCAUAUCCAAUAUAAAAU